GACACAUCAAUACUGUUUCACUUUCAGUACCAAUAGAUAUUUGCCACCAGCUCACUGGCUGCAACUGCAAGAGGCAACGUCAUAGCCUGGGAGCUGGGUUUUGUGUACACUGCAGAGCUGGAAGGGAUCAGGUGAGAAUGCCAAGUGUUUACUUAGUGGGAUGUAUCUGAGCAACGCAAACAAGCUGCAUAUGUGAUGGUAACGUGCGUGGCAGAGAGGAACUCUGACGGAGGGCCUUAAUCCACCAAAAACCUCAGAGUUUGCCUGUGGAGUGUGCAACAAAUUGUCAAUAGCUGCCUUGAUUCAACAAGACACAGUUCUGGUGGGACAAUGGAUGCAGCCAUCUCUUUCAGAUGUGCCUCUACAGGUCCCAAUCCACUCUGGAGGUACCUUACAGAGCACGAUCCGAAGUAUGAAGGGAAGAAGAAACUCAAGAUCUCCGGCAGAGAUCUGGCAUCGGUUCCCACACAGGUCUUUGGCUUGGACCAGCUGCAGGUCCUGGAGAUGAGCCCAGAACGAGAGAGCUGCCUGAGGUACCAGAUGGAGCUGCUGCCCCAAGAGAUCAGCUGCUUGAGGAACCUAACCUGCCUCUACUUGGACUCCAACAACUUGAAGAAAAUCCCUGCUGAAAUUGGCACUUUGAGUCACUUGGAGAGACUCACUCUGAGCAACAAUAGCCUGAGCUCACUGCCCCCAGAAAUGCGGACACUUCAAAGGCUGCACAGCCUCCACCUGGCCAACAACAGCCUCACUGAGCUGCCUGCACCCCUCUGCCAGCUGAGGAGCCUCACAUUUCUGGAUGUGAGUGACAACAAAAUAGUCACGAUCCCCUCCAGCAUUCGACAUCUGGAGAAACUGGAAACAUUGCUACUGCUCUUCAACUCACUGAAGAGUCUGCCUGAGGAUGUUUGUCUUUUAAGGAAUCUGCACACGCUUUGGUUGGGGAACAACCAUCUACGGUGUCUUCCAGCAACCUUUGGGGAGCUAGUGAACCUGGACUGGGGAUACAACUCCUGUUCAUGCAAUUUUGAGGGGAAUCCACUGCAAAGUCCGCCCCCUGAAGUCUGUAGCAAGGGCCCUGAAGAGAUCAGAGACUAUUUCUUGUCGUUUCAUAGGACUCAGAAAUAGUAGACAACUAGUGUCAGUCCUCUUGAAGUGACUGAGAUGGAUUUAUUCCCAGCAAAUCAAUUGCACAAGCAAAAUGUGUUUCAGAUGGAAAAGUCUGGUGAAAUCACUAUGUGGAGCUCAAAGUUUCCUCUCUGCUGUAAGGUGAUUUCUCUGGCAGUCUUCUUUUUGAUGCUUGUAUUGAACAGUGGUGUACACCUUUCAAAAAUUCAUUCAGGGACAACUAUAAUCUUUUUGUUAUUUAUAGUUUUGUAGACCUAUCUCAAGAAAUGUUGCAGCCAAACACCCAGUCUGAGAAAAUGAACAACAGCUAGUCUGAGAGGAUAGACUUAGAUAAACAACUGGUAAUAUGUAAAUAGCAAUAAUCCGUACUGUUCACACUGGGUUGGUGCUUGGGUCUGGACUUAAAAUAAGUGCAGGCUGAGAUUUCUGGAAGUGUUUAAGGCCAUGAGAACUUUUGGAUUUGGCUUUGCUUAAGGUAGCCCAGAAUCUCAUUAUUUUCCAUGGUAUUUUGCAUUCAACACAAAGGUUGAAUCAUCUCAGGGUUCUGUCUGGCUCUAGAUAAGAAGCAACCUGUCUCCAGGUCCCACAAGGUAUUGUGCAACUGAUGUCUCCAUUGCUUUGGUGAGACAUGGCAUAGUUCUUGCCCUCCUUCUCCUGAAGAGCAGUUUCAGUGCAGGGAUGUCACACUCUCUGAAGGCAGCACAGACCAGGAGUUGAUGUGCCAGUCUGUCCAGAGCAAUCCUCAGUGAUACUGCUCUGUGGAGCUUGGUGAUGCACAGGCGUAGCCCAGAUUAAGAGCAUGCAGCACUAGCAAAAAAAGUUUCCGCUUAUACCAAGGCUGAGAAAGUGUUCAGAUAUUAAAAUACGAGUGUGCAAACUUCCUGCAAGGGAACAUUUCUCAGAACUCCUGUCUAUAAUCAUAAAAGGCUUAAUCAGUGUUACAUUAUGGAAAUUUGCUGAGACUCCUUUCUGUUUCAUUUUUCUGUUCCCCAUAGCCACUCAUCAGCAUUUUCCUUCCACCUCUCCUUAGCUUUGCUCUUUGUGUUUUCUCUGUGGCUACUGCCUCUGACAUUAUCUUUGUAUUUCAUUAUUUUCUCAUCAAAAGCCUCUCAUUCACAUAUAAACGUUUUUCUUUGCCCUCUGUCUCCUUUUUUUCUUAUUUUUCCUUUGGCCAACAUACAGAAAGCUGCAGCUUUGUGUCUUUCCUGGAAAGAAAAAGGGCUGAGUCAGUCCUGCUGGGAGCUGAACAUGUUCUUCCAGGGUACGCAGAGAAAGGGAGAGAGAAAGGGCUUGAGACAUUGAUACAUGGACCAUUAAGUCUCUUGUUCAGUCUUUUUCUUCUCUUCGUAGUGAAGAUCAGCACAAGGAGAAUAAGCGAUCUAAAUCUAUGCUGAAAUUUUAUUGGGUGACAACAGCACAACUCCAGAUAUUCUUAGCAUGAACUGAUUUUUACACUGCUCUGCCCCUGACCUCUGUGAAACUUUCAAACCAGCUGUCACUUUUUAAUGGUACUGUAACCAGGUUCAGUAUAGUAGUAGUAUAUCACACACUGAUAAAUCAAUGCAUGGCAAUAAUUGGCAUGCAAUAACAUCACACCAGUUUGUUUGGUUUUCCUGCAGCUAAUUAUUUAUAAGAUGUGUGACACAGGAAAGAUAGGACCGUGGUGCCUUGCUCACUCAGCUAUUUCUGUGGCAGAAUGGGGAAUUGGAGAUGAAGGAACAGGACAAUGAACUGCAAGUCCUUUGCACUUGGUUGUUUUUCAGAAAUUUGCAGUAUGAUAAGAGACUGUGUGUGAAGUAUCUCCUGAAGCUGGUGUUAUGUCAGACAGAGUGUAUCAAGGUGACAACAUUAAAGAUGUUGAAGGACUGGGGUUUUUUUCCUGUUUCUGCCAUUGAUCCAUUCUCUGGACUUAAACAGGUCUGCUGUCUUAUUUCCCCUUUCCCUCUGCCCAAUUCAAUGUGUGCAGUCAUCCUGCCUUUCUAAAGCUGUUGAAUACAGGACAUAACUAUAAAGGCAGUAAUAACAGUGAGGCACAAGUAAAGAAAAUGUUAUUCUCCUGUUUUGGGACAUGUGCGGGAAUUAAAUUCUAGUAACUGUGGUCUUUUUUAGAGGUUUGUGUCUAACACACCGAAUCCUUACAGGGCAUCAUCUUAGACAAAUGGUAAGAGGGACAAUUUCUCAUUUCCCAUGUCAGACUCUUCAAACCCUAUUGUGCAGGGGUUGGAGAGGAUCCAUUUUCAAUUUUGUCUACCUUCCCCUUCUGCUUCUUGGCCAGUGAUUCCCAAAAGGAAAGCUGACUUUAGCUUGUUUGAGGAUUUUAUAGCAUUUUGCAGCUUUCACUUUUGGUUUUGGCUGAUUAGGUUUCACACACUUAGUUUAAUUAGUCUUCUCUCAAAAAAACACAGACAUAAUUUCUGAAGCCUGAUUUUAACUGCUUAUAAUAUACCUGUCAUUCCUGUGAGUGAAUGGAGCUAAAAAGAGGGUUAAAGCCUGCAAGAAAAUGUAAUCUUUAAUAAAUAGUGUCAAUACCUUUGGUGUAAUUCUCCAGAAUUCUGGGAUCAAUAAAAGUUCUGAGAAAUGAAUGCAAGUGAGGGCACUUUGACCAUACCAUCAAGUAGCUUGAGCAGACUGAAUAUGUUAUUCACCUAGAAGAAAUUCUGUCCUGACACUAUGCUGUCUGUCACCUCUUCCCUCCCUUUGUCAUGGCUGUUUCCAAAAAUCCCACUUCUCAAAAUGGAAACCCCAAUAGUGCAUAUGCACUGCAGUAUUCUGGUAUCUGUGUUAGUGGCAUAGCUACGCAGAGCAAUAACUAGAUCUUGGUGUUGUUAUUAAGAUGGCAUUAAAAUCCAAUCUCAAACUACUUAUCCUGUAUUUGUUGUACUAUCUGUAUUGUUGCUAAGCACCCUCCUU